AUGUCACAAAAAUCAGUACAAAAUGGUCAUUCGAAAAAUCCCAUGGACUUGACCACCACAUAUCCGGCAAUUAAAUUUCCUAAAGAAGAAGAUAGUUUAUCAGAAAUGAGUAACAUAAGCGAAGCACCGAGCGAAGGAUUUAACGGAUUAUGUUGUCCGGAUGCUGGAAAUCCAACAUAUAAGAGAAACAGAAGGUUUCAACUCACUCAAAUGAUUAUUCUACCAUUUAUACCCAUACUCGCAUUGAUCGUACAAACAACCAUGUCGUUACAAUAUUUAUUGGAAUAUAGAAACGACAUACAAGAUGUCGAAACUCAGGUUGCGAUCGCUACGGAUCUUGGUAAAUUUGUUACCCAAAUGCAAUUGGAAAGAUCGGAAGUUGCUUUUUUUGUUUUUACAAAUAAAAGUUUUCAACCUUUGAGAUCAAACAUUUCAGAACAAUUUGCAAUGACAAAUCAAACUUUGGAAAAAAUGAUCAUGUGGCCACCCAUAAGACUACCACAAAACAAACAACUUUUAGAUAAAAAAGAAGAUUUUAUAUAUCAUUUAUGUAACUUCCGAGAAAAAAUAAGUUCAGAAGAAAGUACAGUACAAGAAGUUCUUGCAUGGUACACGUCCGUUAAUGCUGCCAUGUUGGAUCAUUUAACAACAAGAAUCAAAGAAACGGAUAACAGCGGAGUUUGGAGGUAUUUAUUAGCGUUUAAAAAUAUAUUGAGAAGCAUUGAAAAUAUGGGAAUCGCAUUAACCUACGGGAUAAGUUAUUAUGGAAGAGGACAAUUAUCAACGUCUAAUUAUAUAAGUUACGUAAGACACGAAUCCUUGGGAAGCGAUCUUUUAAAUGCAUCAUUAAAUUAUGCAUUAAGCGUCAAAGAACUUCAUGCUAAAUUAAUUAAUAAUUUUACAGAUUAUCCAAAAAUGAAAAGAAGAACAGAAGAAAUUCUUCGUAAUCAAAAAAGAAAUGCUAGCAUAGAAGAUGCAAUCGCUUACACGGAUUCUCUGACGUCAUAUAUUGACGAAUUAAGAAAAUUACAAUAUAAAUUAAGAAAAGAAAUCAAAAGGUACGUCGACGCCGAUUUAAAAGAAGCAUCGCAUAAAGAAGGAAUCGGUAUAGCCAUAUUGAUAAUUGUAUUGAUAAUAUCACCGAUAAUAAUAGUACUUGUGAGAAAUGCUGUUGCCACGAUACAAAUGUAUGCUGUUAAUCUGUCGGAAAAAGCAAAAGAAUUAAAUAAAGAAAAAAAAAAAAGUGACGCAUUACUUUUUCAAAUGCUUCCCACGAGUGUCGCACAACAGUUGAAACAGGCACAUCAAGUACCAGCCGAAUAUUACGAAUCAGUUACCGUUUAUUUUUGCGACAUUGUCGGAUUUACGGAAAUAGCAGCAUUGAGUACACCAUUGGAAGUAAUAUCUUUUCUUAAUUCAAUAUAUAAAUUAUUCGAUGCGAGAAUCGAAUGUUACGACGUUUACAAAGUCGAAUGCAGUGGAGAUUCUUAUAUGGUAGCAUCCGGACUUCCGGUUAAAAAUGGAAACAUGCACGUUACGGAAAUAGCAACGAUGGCUUUGGAUUUAUUAGCGGGUUCAUCGGUUCUUAAAGUUCCACAUAAACCAAAUCAAACAUUACAAAUAAGAAGCGGAUGUCAUACGGGACCCGUUGUUGCAGGUAUCGUAGGUUCUAAAAUGCCAAGGUAUUGUCUUUACGGUGAUACUGUUAAUACGGCAUCGAGAAUGGAAUCGACGGGAAAAGCUCAAAGAGUUCACAUAAGUUUGGAAAUGAAAAUGGCGUUGGACGAAGCCGGUGGUUUUAAAAUGGAACAUAGGGGUUUGGUUUUUGUUAAGGGAAAAGGACAAAUGGACACGUAUUGGUUAAAGUGUAAAGAUGGUGGUUUACCAAAGAGGAAUCCUCCCGAUACUUAUUAUAGUAAAAGGCAACCUUGUUAUUUAAAAAGGAUAAUUGCCGAUUAUCAUUCCGAGUGA